AUGAGAAGCGGCUGGGAGAACAGCAGCAUCAAGCACAUCUCCGGUGUUGAAUGAAGUCACAAAUCAGCACAGGAUGUGUUGACAACUGUUGUCUCUCCAGCUCUCCUCUCUGAAAUGGAUCUCUCUUUGAAGGGCUCCUCUUCAAACCUAUCCAAACUGUUCUUCAAUACCAGCAUGCCACUAAACGGCACUGGGAAUUACACCAACGACCAGUUUACUGAAGUCAACCUCUUUGAAAUCCUGGGUCCAAAACGAUCUCCCUUCUUUCUCCCGGUGACCACUGUUUACCUUCUCAUCUUCCUCACCGGCUUGUCUGGAAAUCUGCUCACAUGUGCAGUGAUAGCAAAGCACAAGAAGAUGCGUAACCCCACCAACCUCUACCUUGUGAGUCUGGCCGUGUCCGACCUCCUUGUGCUUUUGUUCGGGAUGCCCCUGGAAAUUUACGACCUGUGGCAGAACUACCCAUUCCCCUUUGGCGAGGGUGGCUGCUAUUUCAAGACCUUCCUCUUUGAGACAGUCUGCUUCGCCUCAAUCCUCAACGUGACAGCUCUGAGCGUGGAGAGGUACAUAGCUGUGGUGCAUCCGCUCAAAACAAGAUACCUCUCGACGAAUCAGCACGCCAAGCAUGUAAUCACGGUCGUGUGGGUGGUGUCGAUGACCUGCGCCAUCCCAAACACCUCACUGCACGGCAUCUUCUACCUGCCAGAGAGGAUGGAGGAGUCGGCCAUAUGCACUGUGCUGAGGCCCCUGUGGAUCUAUAACAUGGUCAUGCAGAUCACCACUGUGUGCUUCUAUUUUGUACCCAUGAUGGUGAUUAGCAUGCUGUACCUGGUGAUGGGCCUUCAUUUGGGCAGAGAGACGCGGCAGCCCAGCAAGAACCUGGGAAAGAACUGUAGGAGCAACACACGAAGGAAGAUCAGCAUUGAGAACGGGCGCAGGAGACAGGUUACCAAGAUGCUCUCAAUCGUGGUGGCUGUGUUUGGAGUCUGCUGGGCGCCCUUCCACAUCGAACGGCUCCUGUGGAGUUCCAUCAGCCAAUGGACCGACUUGAUGCACAAUAUUUAUCAGUAUGUCCACAUACUGUCGGGCGUCCUCUUCUACCUCAGCUCUGCGGUCAAUCCUAUCAUCUACAGCCUGCUCUCCACACGGUUCAGGGAGUGUUUCCGAGAACUCGUGUGUUCCCAGACGGAGGACAACAGCUCUGUCAGAGACUCACCGCCCUUCCCUAAAAUCUUACUGAAUCCCUCUGUUUCAAGUUCCAGAGCUCAGGCUGAGGGUAAGGACUCUAAUGCUAUCAUCCCUUUGCUGUCUCCUAACAUGACACUGAGCAUAGAUACUGCAAUCCUCACAUGUGCAUGUAAAGAGACGACUUGCAAGACCUCGGUGUUAUAA